AGUGGCUUCGCUAAAUCUUGGCAUCCACUACUGAAGUACCGAGUGUAUGAGGUGUCUCUCUCACUCUCCCUCUCUUUAAACAUUUCGGGGAGGAAUAAGGAUCCUGAAGUACAGUCUAAGGCUUGUCGGUUCCACAACGCUACAUUAGUUGUACCACAUAAUGGAUCUUAUAACUCUUACUGCUACGAUAGCAGUUUUGUUUCUCACUAUGAUUAUCUUCAGAAAAUUUGUUGCUUCGACACGGGAAACAGCAUCACCCCAGCCACCUGUGGUGGGUGGUGGUUAUCUUCUAACAGCUCUGCAUACACUUCGGACCAAGGGUGUACAACCAGUACUCUAUGAUCUGUAUACAAAUCUGGGCAGUGUGUUCACAAUAAACAUAUUUGGUCUGAAGAAGGUGACUUUCUUGAUUGGGCCAGAGAUCACGGCUCAUUUCUUUCAAGGGCCACAAUCGGAAAUCUGCCUAUCGGAUAUGUAUAAACUCACCGUUCCCAUUUUUGGAAAAGGCCUUUUUCUCGAUGCGGAUUUCACUAGUUAUAUGAAGCAGAUCAAAGUAUGCAGAGAUGUAGUGAAGUCAGCACAUAUGAAGAGCCACGUCGAUUCGAUGGUUCGUGAAGUGGAGGACUACUUCGGAAAAUGGGGUCAAGAAGGCAUCGUCGAUCUAAAGCAUGAACUCGGACAGGUGAUUCUGAUGAUAACAGCCCGAUGCUUCCUCGGGAAAGAGAUUCGUGAGAAGAUGUUUGAUGAAGUCUCUAUGCUUUUACGUGAUGUUUUUGAAAAUGGCACUCACUUGAUCGCCCUUUUCUUCCCAUAUUUCCCAAUUCCCGCUCACCAACGACGUGAUAAAGCACGCGCUAAGUUGGGAGAAAUAUUCAACGAGAUCGUGAGAUCACGUAGGAUCUCACACCAAGCUGAGGAUGAUGUGCUACAAAAAUUUAUAGACUCAAAAUGCAUGGAGAAUGGCCGCCCCAUGACUGACCAUGAGAUCACUGGGCUACUCAUUGGCAUGAUGUUUGCUGGUCAACAUACUAGCUCGAGCGCAAGCUCCUGGACGGGAGCUUGUCUCCUCAACCAUGAAAACUACUUGGCAGCUGCUAUAGAAGAGCAAAAGAAACUCAUCGAACAACAUGGAGAGAACAUCAAUUACAACAUCCUGUUGCAGAUGGGCACCUUACACUUUUCCAUCAAAGAGGCUAUAAGGAUGUACUCUCCAUCAACAAUUAUAAUCCGCCAUGCAAAAAAGAACUUUACUGUACAAACUAGAGAAGGCUACAAAUAUGAAAUACCAAAAGGGCAUACCGUGGCGACCUCUGUAGCGGUUGGCAACAAGCUAUCCUACAUUUAUAAAGAUCCUCACGUAUAUGAUCCAUAUCGGUUUGGUCUAGGGAGAGAGGAGGACAAAGUUGGUGGAAAGUUUGCAUACACAUCAUUUAGUGGUGGAAGGCAUGCCUGCGCGGGAGAGGAGUUUGCAUUCAUGCAGAUACAAGUGAUAUGGAGUUGUUUGCUAAGGAACUUUGAGCUUAAAAUGAUUUCUCCCUUCCCGGAGGAAGAAUACGAUAAACUUAUUCCAGGACCUAAAGGGAAAGUGAUGGUUGGGUACAAGAAACGGCUUCUGCAAGUUAGCCCAUGAAUAAUAAGAUAAUAAGACAAGAAAGCACCUAAUUAUAAUAAAAGUCGUUAUGUGUCUGUGUGUGUAAGUGAGUGGAGGAAUGGUGCAAAAGUUAAAUUGAGAGUCAAAUUAUGUAAGCAGUCAUCUUGUUAUCUAUCCCCUUAUUGUGAAGUACCUGCACAUGAAUAUAUUUAUUUGCUACAUUUAAUAUUUUAUGUCAAUUUAUCAUCACAAACGGUUUAGAAAAUCCCAUAAUAUAGGUGAUUUUUCGUAC